UAAGCGAUACCGCUAAAACACAGGCGGUGCGGUGCAGUUCGAGCUGCCCUCCUAGGAGUAUCAUUUCUCGUCUCCGAGUCUCGUCGUCGUCCGUUCGUCCUUCCGUUCGGAUCUCCGACCAUUUAUCCCUUUAUAUCCUUCCCUCUCCUCUUUUAUUAUUCUGAAAAAGCAAAAAAAAGAAAAAAUCUAAAAAAAUUCAAUUCAGAGAGAGGGAGAGAGAGAUAUCAGUUCCAAUCUCACCAGCUUUGUUCAUUUGCGAUUAAUUGGGUAAAUCUUUGAGGUGUUUUGUGGAGUAUCCGGUGUGUUUGUCUUUUGGAUUUCAUUCAUUUCGGCGUGGAAGCAGAGAUAGUGUUCUCUUUUAUUUUAUUUUUUUUUUUAAAUUUCCUCUAGGGUUCAUUUCCAAUAACAAGAGGAGAGGGAAGAAAAAAGAAAAAAAAUAAAAAAUAAAAAAAAAGUUUAAAAAGUGAGAGGGAGUGUGGUCGUCAAGGUUGGAGAUCGCUAGGGUUUUUGAGAUGGCGCAAGUUCAGGUCCAACCACAGCCUCCUCCUCUCUCUGGUCCGAAUGGGCCGGCCAACAGUGGUGGCAAUCAGUUCGUCUCGUCGUCUCUGUAUGUUGGAGAUCUUGAAUUCAACGUCACCGACUCGCAGCUCUACGAUCUGUUCAGCCAACUCGGCCAGGUCGUGUCGGUUCGUGUUUGCAGGGACUUGAGCACUCGACGAUCCCUUGGUUAUGCCUAUGUCAAUUUUAGCAACAUCCAAGAUGCGGCAAGGGCUUUGGAUGUACUUAACUUCACUCCUCUCAAUGGAAAACCCAUCCGCAUUAUGUAUUCUCAUCGUGAUCCUAGCAUUCGUAAAAGUGGAACUGCUAAUAUAUUUAUCAAGAAUCUGGACAAGGCAAUUGACAACAAGGGUCUUCAUGAAACUUUUUCCACAUUUGGGAACAUUCUGUCUUGCAAAAUAGCUACUGAUCCUUCUGGCCAGUCAAAAGGGUAUGGAUUUGUUCAAUUUGACAAUGAGGAGUCUGCACAAAAUGCCAUAAAUAAGCUCAAUGGCAUGCUGAUAAAUGAUAAACAAGUCUAUGUUGGACCAUUCCUUCGUAAGCAAGAGAGGGAAUCAGUGAUAAACAAGGCAAAAUUCAAUAAUGUUUUUGUAAAAAAUCUCUCAGAGGCAACCACUGAUGAAGAUUUAAAGAAAAUAUUUGGUGAAUAUGGAACAAUUACUAGUGCAGUAGUGAUGAGGGAUGGGGAUGGUAAAUCCAAGUGUUUUGGAUUUGUUAACUUUGAGAAUUCAGAUGAUGCUGCUAAUGCUGUUGAAGCACUUAAUGGAAAGAAAUUUGAUGAGAAAGAGUGGUAUGUAGGAAAAGCACAGAAAAAAUCUGAAAGAGAGCAAGAAUUGAAAGGGAGAUUUGAGCAGAGUAUGAAGGAAGCAGUUGACAAAUUUCAAGGUGUUAACUUGUAUGUGAAGAACUUAGAUGAUAGCAUUAGCGAUGAAAAACUGAAGGAAUUAUUUUCUGAGUUUGGCACAAUUACUUCGUGCAAGGUUAUGCGAGAUCCAAAUGGGAUAAGCAAAGGUUCAGGGUUUGUUGCCUUUACAACUCCAGAAGAAGCAUCUCGAGCUCUAGCUGAAAUGAAUGGCAAAAUGGUUGUCAAUAAGCCUCUUUAUGUUGCACUGGCACAGAAAAAAGAAGAUAGAAGAGCAAGGCUGCAAGCACAAUUUUCACAAAUGCGGCCAGUUGCAAUGUCACCUUCUGUUGCUCCUCGCGUACCCAUGUAUCCCCCUGGUGGUCCAGGUCUUGGACAACAAAUAUUUUAUGGUCAAGGACCACCAACACUCAUUCCUCCUCAGCCUGGAUUUGGUUACCAGCAGCAGCUUGUUCCUGGAAUGAGGCCUGGUGGGGCUCCAAUGCCAAAUUUCUUUGUACCAUUAGUUCAACAAGGCCAGCAGGGACAACGAACUGGGGGCAGACGUGCCGGGGCAGGGCCUGUACAACAAAGCCAGCAACCAGUGCCUUUAAUUCAGCAGCAGAUGCUUCCGAGGGGGCGUGUAUACCGUUACCCACCUGGUCGUAACAUGCCUGAUGUUCCCAUGUCGGGAGUUGCUGGGGGCAUGCUUUCUGUUCCAUAUGACAUGGGUGGCAUGCCAUUGCGAGAUGCUGCAAUGUCACAGCCUAUUCCUAUUGGGGCUUUGGCUACUGCCCUUGCAAAUGCAACACCAGAGCAACAGAGAACGAUGCUCGGUGAAAGUCUUUACCCUCUAGUGGAUCAGCUGGAGCAUGAUAUGGCAGCCAAGGUGACAGGCAUGCUCCUGGAGAUGGACCAGACUGAGGUUUUGCAUUUGCUGGAGUCACCCGAAGCCUUGAAAGCAAAGGUGGCUGAAGCGAUGGAAGUUCUGAGGAAUGUUGCUCAGCAACAGCAGGCUAACAGCCCAACCGAUCAAUUGGCUUCUCUUUCUCUUAAUGAUAACCUUGUUUCCUAAAUGCUUAAUCGAGUGAGUUAUUGGUUGCAGCCUAUGACAGCUUGGUUUUGAGUUUUUGAUACAUUCUUUUAAGUUUCUUUGAUAUGAUAGGAUAUUCUCGUGUUGUAGGGAUCUUUAGGACUGGAGAUUUUUAUGCUUUGAUUUUGGUUUGAAGUUUGCCUAUCAAUGAACUUUACUUUAUACCCCGAUUAAUUGGUUAGAAGUUUUUCCGGUA